GUUUUGGUCUGGGCGGUGGGAGCCCGCGCGCCCCGACGAUCUCGUACGCCCAAGACGUUUAAAUAGAAGAGAAUUUUCGCCCUUCUCCCGUCUUCCCAUGGUGGAGCUCAAAGAGCGGCUCCUCCCGCCCAAACCCUCGUUAGCUACCUCCACGCCGGCGGCCUCGAAAUCCCAGGAACCGUCCGCCGCCGGCGCCUCGCACCGCCCCCUCUUCCAGUGCAUGGACUUCCUGGGGCUCAAGAAGCGGGGGCAGGGCCUCCGGUCGUGGAUCCGCGUCGACGCCGCGACUAGGAGCUCGCAGGUGAUCGAAGUGGACAAGUUCACGAUGAUGCGGCGGUGCGACCUCCCCGCCCGCGACCUCCGCCUCCUGGACCCACUUUUCGUCUAUCCCUCCACCAUCCUUGGCCGGGAGAAGGCCAUCGUCGUCAAUCUCGAGCAGAUCCGCUGCAUCAUCACCGCUGACGAGGUGUUCCUCCUCAACUCGCCCGACGUCUAUGUCUUGCAGUACGUCGCGGAGCUCCAGCGCCGCCUUACCGCUCACUCCGGGGACGUCUUCACCGGCGGGUCCACUUCGCCGGAUUACCUCCCCUUCGAGUUCCGGGCACUCGAGGUCGCACUCGAGGCCGCUUGCACCUUCCUUGAUGCACAGGCUGCUGAACUAGAAAUUGAAGCAUACCCUGUAUUAGAUGAGCUAACAUCAAAGAUCAGCACACUUAACUUGGAAUGUGUGCGCCGAUUGAAAAGCAGGCUUGUUGCAUUGACUAGGAGAGUUCAAAAGGCUCGGGAUGAGAUCGAGCAGUUGAUGGAUGAUGAUGGUGAUAUGGCUGAAAUGUAUCUUACUGAGAAGAAAAGAUGAAUGGAAGCAUCAUUCUACAGUGACCAUUCUAUACAAGGAUUUGGUUCUGUUGGUGCUGGAGUAUCAGUUUCUGCUCCAGUUUCACCUGUUUCUUCACCACCUGAACCUCAAAAGCUUGUUGGGAAGACAUUGAGCCUUGCUAGAAGUAUGAAAAGUUCUGAUAACACACAAAACAUAGAGGAGUUGGAGAUGCUGUUGGAAGCUUACUUUGUGGUCAUUGAUAGCACUCUUAACAAACUGACUUCGCUGAAGGAGUACAUUGAUGACACAGAAGAUUUUAUUAACAUUCAACUGGACAAUGUUCGGAAUCAGCUGAUCCAAUUUGAGUUGCUGCUAACAGUUGCAACAUUUGUCGUUGCCAUCUUUGGGGUUGUUGCAGGGAUCUUUGGCAUGAAUUUUCCAAUAACAUUAUUUGAAAAACCGAUGGCAUUCCAAUGGGUGCUUAUAAUCACUGGAGUGUCCGGUGUAGUUAUAUUCUGCUCCUUCCUAUGUUAUUUUAGAUACAGAAGAUUAGUCCCUUUGUAGAUACGUUGCAGAUAUAAAGAAGAGAGUGAUUUCUCUUAGUG